CCCCAUCUUCGCCCCGAUUACAUCCAUUCGCCCUCUCAUAUCCUCCGAUCUUCCAUCCAUCUAUUACCAGACCCCCCGCCGCAUUACUGAACCCCCCAGCCACCAUGGAGAACCAACGGAUCUCCGAUUUUCUCACCGAUCAGAUGCAGCAAGCUCCCGAGCAGUGCCAGGCCUACUUCCUAAGCUUCGAAGACUACUGGGAGCGCAAAUUAUGGCAUCAGCUUACGGACUCCCUGGUCGAGUUCUUCCGCCUACCAGAGAGCGCUGCCCAGCGACUACCGAUAUUCAAGAGUUUCGUCCUCAGCUUCGCCGAUAGAAUCAACCAGCUCAAGUUUGUCUCGUUGGGUUUGAUGGCAUCAACGGAGUGUGCCGAUGACCAAGAGCGCCUGUCCUUCCUCACAUCACUGGCAGACAAAGUGAACAAGCCCGAGUCACAAGAUGCUUACAUCUACGCCCUUGCGGAUGUCGCCAAUGUCAAGCAACGGCUACAAGACCUGAACGGCGCGCAGAAGGACCUGGAGGCAUGCCAGAAAGUGCUGGACACGUUCGACUCUGUGGAGACCGUGGUGCACGCAUCCUUCUACAAAGUCAAUGCGGACUACUACCACGCCAAACAAGAAUUCGCCUCCUUCUACAAGAACGCACUCCUCUACCUCGCCUGCAUCAAUCUCGAGGACCUCAGCGAAGCCGAGCGUGUCUCCCGCGCCUACAACCUGAGCGUGGCCGCCCUCGUCUCCGACACCAUCUACAACUUCGGUGAACUCCUCCUGCACCCGAUCCUGGACUCCCUCACCGAGACGCCGCACAGCUGGCUGCGCGACCUCCUGUUCGCCUUCAACCGCGGCGACCUGACCGCCUACGACGUCCUCGCCGGAAACAUCUCCAAGAACCAGCUGCUGGCGCAGCACCGCAUCUUCCUGUACCAGAAGAUCUCUCUGUCCGCGCUGACGGAGAUGGUCUUCCGCCGUCCCCCGCACGACCGUAACCUGACUUUCUCUGCCAUCUCCGCCGAAACGAAGGUCAAGCCUCAGGAGAUUGAGCAUCUGAUCAUGAAGGCGCUGUCGCUGGGUCUGCUCAAGGGUGCCAUUGACCAGGUGGCCCAGGUCGCGCAGAUCAACUGGGUGCAGCCGAAGGUGCUGGAUAUGAAGCAGAUCGAGGGCAUGCGGAACAGACUGAAGGACUGGGAUGCUGGUGUCAAUCAGCUGGGCCACUGGAUCGAGGGCGUUGGAAAAGACGUGUGGGCUGCAUAGAUUUCCCCUCGUUUUCCUUUCCCCUUCCUUCUGUCCCCCUUAUGUUAGUCCCCGGCUCAGGUAAAAGAGCACCACAUGCAUGUAUGUACGAACAAGUACUAGAAACCUCAUUAUAAUUGAGAACCACGAAAGUCACCCCCCACACGGUCGUCAAUCAU